UUGGAGGAGAGUCGUAUUAUUAUUUCCUACCUUCAACAUUUCAUGUUUUAUUUAGAGUUUCUUUUAAGUGUUGUGAUUUGAGGCAAAGAACCAUACACAAUCCAACUCGAGAUAAAAAUAGCGCAGUAUUUACGACUCUCGGCACGAGAAUAAAACUUUAUUUUUUGUCAACAAGUGAAGGAUAAAACCACCACGUGUAAUCAGCUCGUCUGUGAUUGGUCGAAGUUUGCUGGGCUAAUUCAGAUUAUUUCUCCUAUGGUGCAAGAGUUGCAAGACAGAACGUGAACUCGGAAUUCGGAUAUAAGAAUAUUUUUCGGAUAAUAGAUGGCAUUUGAUGAGUUUAGCUUUGACGAGAUGACUAUUAUCUGCCCCUUUCGCUCGCUGAUAAAAGAACUUGGUGAUUCUUCUGAACUUUGUCGAGACUGGGAUAGGUGUGCAUCUUGUCAUUCAAGAAUCCUCGAAAGUUAAAGUCAACCUGUCAAGGACAUCCUCCAGAUUCAUCAUCAAUUUUGAUCAUCGAACAAAAGGAGCCAACAGAACACAAAAUGGGUGGAUGUCGAGGCAAAGAUGGCGAGGGAUUCUUAUCAAGAAUCGGAUAUAAUCACAUGCUCUUGAUCUUACUUUUCGCUGCGGCCAUCUAUUCAGGUGAUUUGCACGAAACUUCAAUCUCAGAAGAUAAGGAGAAAGGAGCAGCGACAGCAAUGCCCUCGGCUGGGAAUAUAUUUGACGCUUUGCCUAGAAUAGCAUCGGAUGUGUACCAUGUUGUUCAUGAUCACAGUAUCCGGGCUUUAAAUACAAUACUCGAUAUGCUGAAGGGAGGCAAUGAGAUGACAGACGAACAGAACUUCGAGAAAGAUAGGACUGUCAUCGUUCAUCUCUUUGAAUGGACCUGGGUCGAUAUAGCAGACGAAUGUGAAAGGUUCCUUGGACCGUAUGGCUAUGCCGGGGUGCAGGUAUCACCGCCAAAUGAACACAAAUACAUUGAUACCAGUGUAUUCAAUAGUCCAUGGUGGCAGCGGUACCAGCCGAUGGGCUACAGGUUGAACAGCCGCAGUGGUAACGAACAUCAAUUUCGUGAUAUGGUGGAGAGGUGCAACGCGGUUGGUGUGCGGAUCUACGUCGAUGCCGUUAUUAAUCAUAUGGCAAAACACACGGAAGAUGACCGCUACAACUUCCCGAAUGUCCCCUUCAGCACAGCUGAUUUCAAUGUACCUCUGGGUCGGUGUCCUGUAGAUCACGGCUGGGUCUCGGACUACUACCAUGCUGAGAACGUCCGCAAUUGCGACCUAGAGGGCCUGAAUGACCUCUACUUUGGACCUGACAAUGACUACCAUACGCGUGAUAUCAUCGUUGAGUACUUAAAUGGCAUGCUAGAGAUGGGUGUGGCUGGGUUUAGGAUAGAUGCAGCAAAACACAUGUGGCCUCACGAUCUUGCGGAUAUCGUCAGCAGGUUAAGGAGGACGAUCUGGAAUACCAAACCAUACAUUUACCAAGAGGUCAUAGACCGAACCAGUCACGAGGCCGUCAAAGCAUCAGAGUAUUUCGACAUUGGGUCUGUAACUGAGUUCAAGUAUGGUGACGAAGUCUUCGGAAUUGGGACUGCUUCAAAAGAUGCUGUCUGGUUUUCCGGGUUCGGUGAACAAUGGGGAUUGAUGCCACGUGACAAGGCGCUAGUGUUCAUCGACAACCACGACAACCAGCGAAAUCACGGUGGUGGAGGCAACGUCUUGACCCACAAGAUGCCGUAUGAAUAUAAGAAAGCUACCGCGUUUAUGCUGGCGUGGGACUAUGGCGUGACGCGUGUGAUGAGUAGCUAUGACUUCAUUGAUACAGAUCAAGGACCACCAGCGGAUGAAUACGGAAAUACACAGGGACCCACAAUCAACUCGGAUACCACAUGCAAUGGGGGUUGGGUAUGCGAACACAGAUGGAGACAAAUCCGCAACAUGGCAUGUUUUAGGAACGCAGCUAAGGGAUACCCGGUGCAGAACUGGUGGGACAAUGGACACAAUCAGAUUGCAUUUUCUCGUGGAGGAAAAGCGUUCUUUGUUCUCAACAACGAACCGCAUGCACUUUCUAGAACGCUCUACACUGGUCUUCCUCCAGGAAUCUAUUGUGAUGUAAUAAGUGGCGAUCCAACUGCAUCGGGUUGUACUGGGUUUAUUGUUGCUGUAGAUGCUGCGGGGAUGGCGAGUUUUGAUAUAUAUGCAGGUGAAGAUCCAAUGGUAGCAAUUCACGUCGGUGCGAAGGCAGGUAGUGGAAGUGGCAAGUGCAAUGCAUAAUAUUUUAAGUUUAUAUAUUUAUUCACACAACACAAACAGAGCUGCUUAAGCGCUGAUCCCGUCGGAGAGUGUUACAGGGACCCGGUACAGGGACGUCCUAUGUGCAUACUGUUGAGAUCAAACACAUGACUCGGACAAAGUUCUGUCAAUAUCGACAGAAUGUAGACGAUGUAUACUUGAAAUAUUUUCAGCGUAAGGAGCAGUGAUUGCUCCAUGGCGUUUGCACCUUCUUGUGAUAGACUCGGAGACGCUACGAAAUCUAGGGAGAAGCAUCUAUAUACUUUUCAUCAUCAUGUCAAUUUUCGUGCUGUUCUUGCUUUUUUGUUGAUGGUCAAACGAAGGAAAGAUCUGUCCCUGACAUCGUGCGACCAAAUUGAUCGAACGUUUUUCGAACUAUGGUAAAUUAAUUUAAUUAUUCAGAACAAUUUUGGAGACGAGCACAUUUUCAGUUUGCAUAGGUGCCUCGUUUAAGACUCUACUAGGAAAACACGGACAUGACCUCCAAAUAUAUCGAUUUACAUGUAUAUUAUAAUAAUUUUUAUAUUUUUUACAACAAAGUGUGUGAUACAAGCUACAUUUUAUAUAUGUUUAUAUGUACAGUUGUAAUGACUUUCUGCAAGUACCAAGAAACAAAUGUACCUGUACUCCUGGGCCUUGUUACAUAAAAUAUACAAUCAAUACAAUUAAGCCUAAUACGUCAAAUCAUGUACAAAUAGUUAAAAUUAAUCGUAAAUAUCAAUCGUAACUCUUUAUGUUACACCAUCCUAGUAUGAUAUGGAUCUAGCUUAGCUUGGUAUUUCAAAACUUUGUAACCAAAGAUAUGGGAUCUAAAGUUUUAACUGCCUUCCGAUGUGCCAACAAGAAAAAAAAAUGAUAAUACUCGUUCUGAAGAAAAAAAUCUUUUAUCAUCUAUCAUCGCCAUCAUGACAGGCAGAACAGAUUGUGUAGCUGAAAGGGAAAGUUCGCCCUGACAAAAACGAUAUUGUAAAAAUAGCAUAAAAAUAAUGAAUAAUAUUGGUUACCUAAAAUAUUCGCAUUAUUUUUUCUUAGUCGAGAACCUUUCCGACUACCUCUCGUUCCCAAGGGUAAAGAAUUUAUUAAGAUAUUUUGUUAAUGUUAGAAAUUUUUCCUGCAGCAGAGUGUCUAGAACACCUGUAAUUUUACCAGAUUGCGUAAUCUUACAUUAUAUCAUGUAAUAUUACAGGAAAUUGGUUUUUGGUGUAAGGAAUCUUACAGAUUUCCUUAAAUAAAAAACCCUUUUUUAAACA